CUGGCACCAGUCUGCUCUGCAAGCAGCGAAAGGUGGAGAGAUUUUCACCAUCACACACUGUGACUGUUACACAUAUACACACACGCACACACUCACACAUAUACACAGUCAGCGAAAGAAACGGGACGCAUAGAAACGUAACAGGACUAUGGACCUGAGCCUGCGAGAUGCUCUGGGUGGAGGUGGAGUCCCAGGUGGGGCCCCUGCUGAGUCCCUGCUGAAGAGAGACUUUGCAGCCACGCUGGAGAAGGACAGCUUUGAUGACAAGGUGGGAGAGACAGUCACCAAGAGCGACUACCGACCCUUACUGGAUGGAAAGGACACCAAGAGCGGUCCAGGAAUGAUGUCAUCAAAGAUGUCAUCAGGGGUACACCAAGACUCACCUGGACAGCCUGCCUUCAGCUCUGACUACCUGUCUGGUCCUAUGAUGGGUGGGAGGACAGAUCAGUGGAGCUUGAACAAGACAAAGGACAGCAGCAUGCCUGACUCAUUUCUAGGCUUCUCUCAGUCUGGGAUGGGGGGGACCAUGGGGUCCAGCCUGCCACCAUUUCAGACCAGUAUGAGCUCCACUCUCGGCCAGAGUGGGAUGGGUUCAGCUAUGGACACCCAGAAGAAUUCAGGCCUGUUUGGUGUGGAAAACAAAACCACCAGUGGAAGCAGUUCGUUUAAAACCAGUGAUCUGUUAUCUUCUGGUGGCCCGGGAAUCCACUCUAUGGAUCAUUCUACAGCUCCCGUCCUCUCUCCCAGCGGCUCAAUGGACGACAGCAGUCCCAGUUCCUCCACCUCCGAUCCCCUCAGCCCCGAGAGAGUGGGGCCGGGGGGCAAGGCUGGCAAGCAACAGCAGAGACGGAAGAAGAAGAAGAGGAAGGACCGUGGCGAGGUCUACGCCUUCUUGGAUAGCCAGGAGAAUAACAUUGGCCAAUCAGACAAGCAUGGGAUGCAGGAUAAGGGUGGAUGGGAGGCAGAGGAGGACGUAGACGAGGAGGAGAACCGAGAGUGGGAGAUCAGAGAGAGUGGAGGAGGGGGACGAGUGAAAAGCAGGAAGGCUAAGAGUCGGGCAAGACUUCCAGAGGAGUGGGGGGCUCCCCAGCAGCCCAUCUCCCCCACGUUGGCUACAGUCGCUCCUACCUGGACUGCAACUGCAGACUCUGGUCCUUUUGACUCCAGAGCUCCAAACUCCAGCCCCAGCCCUGUUUUGCCAUCUGCCCCCGCACAAAUACCCACAAGUUUCACCAACAGUUUGCAUGCUAGCCCUGUAACAGAUUCAUCUCCACGCUCCUAUGAGCCGAUGUGUGUAGACGAUUUCCUGAUGUCUGCUAAAGGUGGUCAAAAAGCAAACGAAGACAAAGUUUCGACCAGCAAUCCUGAACCUAACGUUAGUUUAGUGGCUAGUGCUGCCAACAAGAGUAGUUUAGCUGGGGAUGUUAGCAGUAGUCUAGCAUUGAUGGCAGGGGACAAUCUGAGCCCAGUCUCCCAGACCUUCUCUUUCCUGGAUUCUGUCCUCCAGACCCCCCCAGGCUCCACUCCUGACUCACAGACCACCACCCCUAUAAUAAACACCCCCUCCCUUGCUACCGCUCUCCUGUCAAAUUCCACCCCGACAGAGACCUCCAUCCCUGCUUCACAAGCUUCUUCUGUUUUCAAUCCCUCCAAGAGCACUAUAGACUUUCCUCCUACUUCCGCUUUGUCCACCAACCCAUCACCCUUAGGUGCCGCAGACCCACACCCACCUACAAGUGCAGUCGGAUCCUCCCUCAACGUUGAUGCCCAGCCUUUUGUUCCCUCAGCCACACUCAUAUCCUCCACGGCCACAUCUGUUAAGACCUCCUCCACUCCUGUUACAGCAGCAGCAGCCUACACGGCAACCACUGCUACGGUGUCCACUACCACCUCAGACACUGCCCUUAAGUCCUCUGCUUCUCCCCGUAGGAAUGAAGCCUCUCCCACAUCAGGCACUCCCCCCCAAAAUGUAGUCACACCAUUUAGCUCAGUAACAACCACUCUCCCUUCUUCCAUCACCCCUGCAGCCCCUCCCUCUCUCCCUGCACACUCAGAGCACCAGGAGUCCUCGUCGUCACAGCUCCCCCCACUGGAAGUGAAAUCUGACAACAAGGACAAGCAGGAGAAGAAAGACAUCAUGUCCAGCAAGACAGACAAGAUCGACACCUUUGACAAAAAAGAGAAAGAAGAGCAGCAGAAGAAGGACAACGGCCCAGACAAGAACCAGAAGUCUGAGAAGAUUGUCAAAGAUGAGGAAAAGAUAGAGAAGAUGAAUGUGGAGAAAAACAACAAGGCCAUGGAGAAGGCAGAGAAGGUAGACAAGCCGGAGAAGACCAACAAGGAUGAAAAGAAAGAAGAGGAGAAGAAACCGGCUGAGAAGAAGGAAGAGAGCGGGAAGGGAGUGAAAGGAACUGCCAAGUCCCCAACAGGCAACAGCAGCAAGACUCUGCCAAGCCCUGACAGCAAGAGAAAGCCUGACGUGGCUUCAGCUAAACCAAACUCAGCCAAAUCUCGCCCAUCCACCCUCUCCACCAAUGGCGAGGCCAACUCGGCCAAACGCCCCAUCCCCACCACAGCCUCAACCAAUAAAAAAAGCCCUGUACCCAAGGCGACAACACCCACCGCCGUCAAGCAGUCACCAAUGGCAGUUGGUUUCGCCAAGGCUGCCAAGACUCCAGAAAAUGGAACAGCUGAGAAACGCCCACCUGUGCCAAAGGCCACAGCCACACCCCGUGCUACUGCCAAUAAGAACAGCUCCUCUGCGACUGCUGCAAGUAAAACCGCUGGCGAUAGAGCUGUGAUCUCAGUCUGA